AUGGAGACCAAUAUUAGAUCGCAGGCUCUUGAAUGCCUUUGUGAAAUCACAGAAAUUCAGGAUGGUGACUCUCGCAUCUAUAAUUCCAUCAUUAGAUUUCAGGGAUUGUUGGCCUGUUGCUGUGGUACUGCUGCUUGCUCCCUGUGCUGCAAAUGCUGCCCCAAGAUAAAGCAAUCUACAAGCACCCGCUUCAUGUAUGCACUUUACUUCAUACUGGUAACGCUCAUCUGCUGUAUCAUGAUGUCAAGAACAGUAGCUACUGAAAUGAAAGCGCACAUUCCUUUUUAUAAGCACAUCUGCGAAGGUAUUAAAGCAGGUGAAACGUGUGAGAAGCUAGUGGGAUACUCUGCGGUAUAUAGGGUCUCUUUUGGAAUGGCAUCUUUCUUCUUUAUCUUCUUCUUACUUACCAUCAAAAUUAACAACAGCAAAAGCUGCCGAGCAUACAUUCACAAUGGGUUCUGGUUCAUUAAGCUUCUAGUUUUGGCAGCCAUGUGCUCAGGAGCUUUCUUCAUUCCAGAUCAAGACACCUUCCUUAAUGCCUGGCGCUAUGUAGGUGCAGGAGGAGGAUUCCUUUUUAUAGUCAUUCAGCUUAUCCUGCUUGUGGAGUUUGCACACAAAUGGAAUAAAAACUGGACGGCGGGCACAACACAUAAUAAACUGUGGUAUGGCUUACUAGCUCUGGGCACUCUCAUCUUGUACUCCGUUGCUGUGGGAGCCGUGAUUUUGAUGGCUGUCUUUUACACACGCUCAGAGGGCUGCACAUACAACAAGAUCCUGCUUGGUGUAAAUGGUGGCCUGUGCAUUCUUAUUUCAUUGGUAGCCAUCUCACCCUGUGUCCAAAGUCGCCAGCCACACUCUAGUUUGUUGCAGUCAGGAGUUAUCAGCUGCUAUGUCAUGUAUCUCACCUUCUCAUCUCUGUCAAGCAAACCACCAGAAACUAUCUUGGAUGAGAACCAUAAGAACAUUACAAUCUGCGUACCUGACUUUAGCCAGGGCUUGCACAGAGAUGAGAACCUGGUUACUGGAUUGGGCACUGCUCUUCUGUUUUGUUGCAUUUUAUAUUCUUGUUUGACCUCAACAACUCGUGCAAGCUCUGAAGCACUGAGAGGAAUAUAUGCAACGCCUGAAACUGAAGUAGCUCGUUGCUGCUUUUGCUGUGCACCCGAUGGAGAUGCUGACACCGAAGAGCAUGUUGAAGAAAGGGGCGGUCAGACUGUAAUUUAUGAUGAAAAGAGAGGCACAGUAUACAGCUAUGCUUACUUCCACUUCGUUUUCUUCUUGGCUUCUCUCUAUGUGAUGAUGACAGUAACUCACUGGUUCAAUUAUGAAGGUGCUGAGAUUGAAAAAUUCUUCAGUGGAACCUGGUCCAUCUUCUGGAUUAAGAUGGCAUCAUGUUGGGUGUGUGUCCUACUCUACCUAUGGACUCUUGUAGCACCUCUCUGCUGUCCAACCCGACAAUUCUCAGUGUGAGAAUUCACAAGCGCUAUUCUGUUACAAAUACAUCAGUCACUUCGAUGGAGAAAUAAGUCCAUCAUCAGGUGUCUUAACAUGUUGGUUAGGUACCUCUUUCCAGAUGAAACUAUAGAU